GGAAAGGCGGCUACUCAGCCCCGACGCCCGGGAGCGAGCUGCCCUGCGGCGGGCGCCUCGUGGGAACGGGAGGAGGAAACAUGGCGGCUCCCGCUUCUGACGCGGCUCCUUUCCCGGCUUUGCUCACUCUUCUACCUGCUUUCCUGGAACUUUCGUCUCUUUCCUUCAGCCGUUCCCUUUACCUUCCUCGGCCCCCCACUCUCCCAGCCCCAUAAGGGGUCAAAGUUUGAGUGUAGAUUCUCAGGGAUCCUGCCUCUCUUGGAGCCUUUGCUGCCUGGCAGCAGAAUUGUGGGCUAGAGUGAAGUAGAAAUCUAGGAAGAUGAGCUCCAGCAUGACCAUGAGUGAACCAAGGCUGAACUGGGAUCUUUCCCCAAAAAAUGGCCUGAAGACAUUUUUCUCUCAAGAAAAUUAUAAAGCUCAUUCCAUGGCUCCAAGUUUAAGAGAACUAUUUAUUUUAUCUAACAGACGUAUAGGAGAAAAUCUGAACGCCUCAGCAAGUUCUGUAGAAAAUGAGCCAGCAGUUAGUUCAGCAACUCAAGCAAAGGAAAAAGUUGGAAUGGUUCUUCUUCCAAAGCCGAGAGUUCCUUAUCCUCGCUUCUCUCGUUUCUCACAGAGAGAGCAGAGGACUUACGUGGACUUGUUGGUUAAAUAUGCAAAGAUGCCAGCAAAUGCUAAAUCUGUUGGAAUAAAUAAAAAUGAAUAUUUGCAGUAUUUGGAUAUGAAAAAACAUGUGAAUGAAGAAGUUACUGAAUUCCUAAAGUUUUUGCAGAAUUCUGCAAAGAAAUGUGCUCAGGAUUAUAAUAUGCUUUCUGAUGAUGCCCGUCUCUUCACAGAGCAAAUUUUAAGAGCUUGCAUUGAACAAGUAAAAAAGUAUCCAGAAUUUUAUACACUCCAUGAAGUCACCAGCUUAAUGGGAUUUUUCCCAUUCAGAAUAGAGAUGGGAUUAAAGUUAGAAAAGACUCUUCUUGUACUGGGAAAUGUUAAAUUUGUGAAAACAGUAUUUCCCUCAAUGCCUGCAAAAUUGCAGCUCUCAAAAGAUGACAUGUCUUCCGUUGAAAUGCCAAAACAAACAGCUGAAGCUAUGCAUUAUGAUAUUAGUAAAGAUCCAAAUGCAGAGAAGCUUGUUUCAAGAUAUCAUCCUCAGAUAGCUCUAACUAGUCAGUCAUUAUUCACCUUAUUAAAUAAUCAUGGACCAAGCUACAAGGAACAAUGGGAAAUUCCAGUGUGUGUUCAAGUAAUACCUGUUGCAGGUUCCAAGCCAGUUAAAGUAAUUUAUAUUAACUCACCACUUCCCCAAAAGCAGAUGACAAUGAGAGAAAGAAAUCAAAUCUUCCAUGAAGUUCCAUUAAAAUUUAUGAUGUCUAAAAACACAUCUGUUCCAGUCUCUGCAGUAUUUAUGGACAAACCUGAGGAGUGUGUAUCUGAAAUGGACACAUCCAGUGAAGUUAAUGAGUGCCGAAAAAUUGAGACUCUUGAAAAUUUGGAUCUGGAUUUUGAUGAUGAUGUCACAGAACUUGAAACGUUUGGAGUAGCCACCACCAAGCCAUCAAAGCCACCAAGUCCAAGUACUUCCUCCGUACCCAUCACGGCAGGUACUCCUGCAGCCCCCAGAGCAACAGCUAUGCCUGUGGCACCUACUACACCAAACACAUCUGCUAAUUCUAGAAGCUUAUCUCAGAUUCUGAUGGAGCAGUUGCAAAAGGAGAAACAACUGGUCACUGGUAUUGAAAGUGGCCCUGAAGAGUGCAAAAAUAAAGAUGAUCAAGGAACUAUGCCAUGUGGUGAAAAGGUACCUGAUUCUGACAAGCCUUUGAUGCAAGAUAAUGACAUGAUAACAUCUGAUGCCUUGUCAUCAGAAAGUUCUAAGGAAAUUGAGAACUCUAAUGAAAAUGAUACGGCUGCAGCUAUGGUAUAUGCCAAUGAAGAAAGUCUAAAUGCUGUGGAGAACACAGAUAAUUCAAAGGAAAAAGCUGCUAUUUCAGAAACAGCUAACCCUGAGAAAGCAGUUCCUUGCAAUAGUGAUACCGAUGAGGAUUGUUUAAUCAUUGACACAGAGUGCAAAAGUAAUAAUGAUGGAAAGACGGAUGUUGUGGGUUCUAAUCGGAGUUCUAGAUCAGCAACUCCAAAUUCUUCCUCAGGACAGCCUUCUGUAGGAGACCAUACUGCUUCUACUUACAGUCCUGAAGAGUCCUGUGUUUUAAAAAAACCUAUCAAACGAGUAUAUAAAAAAUUUGAUCCAGUUGGAGAAAUUUUAAAAAUGCAGGAUGAACUCUUAAAGCCAAUUUCCAGAAGAGUACCUGAGUUGCCCUUAAUAAAUUUAGAAGAUUUUAAACAACCACCAGUUUCAGACCAGUCCUGUGCUCCUUCAGAUGCCUCUAGUUGGCCAAAAUCUAGAUGGCCUUCUGCAUUUCAGAAACCAAAAGGACGAUUGCCAUAUGAACUUCAGGACUAUGUUGAAGAUACAUCGGAAUACCUAGCUCCUCAAGAAGGAAAUUUUGUUUAUAAGCUAUUUAGCCUACAAGACUUGUUGUUACUCGUGCGAUGCAGUGUCCAGAGGAUAGAGACAAGACCACGAUCUAAAAAACGCAAGAAAAUCAGAAGACAAUUUCCAGUUUAUGUCCUGCCAAAAGUAGAAUAUCAAGGUUGUUAUGGAGUUGAAGCUCUAACUGAAAGUGAACUUUGUCGCUUAUGGACUGAAAGUUUAUUGCAUUCUAACUGCUCAUUUUAUGUUGGGCAUAUUGAUGCAUUUACUUCAAAGCUUUUCCUGCUAGAAGAAAUUACUUCAGAAGAAUUAAAAGAAAAACUUUCAGCACUCAAGAUUUCUAGUUUAUUUAACAUCCUCCAACACAUUUUAAAGAAAUUAACUAGCUUGCAGGAGGGCUCCUACCUGUUGUCUCAUGCAGCAGAAGAUUCCUCCCUCCUGAUCUACAAGACCUCCGAUGGAAAAGUCACCAGGACAGCCUACAAUUUGCAUCGAACACACUGUGACCUUCCUGGUGUACCUUCCAGUCUCUCAGUUCCCUGGGUGCCGUUAGAUCCCAGUCUCCUGUUGCCAUAUCAUAUCCAGCAUGGACGAGUACCUUGCACUUUUCCACCUAAGUCACUGGGUCCUGCGUCGCAACUGAAGAUUGGUGGAACAAGAAUGCCUACACGCAGCCGCAGGAAUCCAGUUUCCGUGGAAACCAAAAGCAGUUGCCUGCCUGCUCAGCAAGUUGAAAAUGAAGGAGUGGCUCCAAAUAAAAGGAAAAUAACUUAAGGGCUGUGCCAUGGAAAAUGAACUUCCAGAAAAGCCAGUCACAGCAUUAUUUAAUUUUGAAAGUUGGAGGGAAAACAUACCCAAAAGAUGAGUGGGCGAGAGGAGCGUUUUUUUUCUUUAGUAUUGUCUAAGUCCUUAGAAAGUGCCUUGCACAGAAAACUGGCUAUAGGAGGAAUGUGCCAACUGAAGUGAGGGUCAAGCUCUUUGCCUUUGAUAUUUGAGGAGAAUCUAGGUAGGUUCAAGUUAUUGUGGCAGGGAACUAAAGAAGAAAAAUAUUUUUAUACUACACCUUUUCUAAGGAAAUUAUUUUCUAGAAAAAUUGCUUGUUAGGAACUGUUAUCAUUACAUUAAUAACGUUAUCAUUGUGUUAAUAAUUUGAGUUACAGUUCUAGUCUAUUGCCAGGAAAAUUGAUUAUUGUCACUGUCAGAAGUAAUCAUGAGCAUCACAAAUCUUGACCUGUCUUGACACAAGAACAUACUACCAUUAAAUGGUUAUUGUGGGUUAGUAAAGGUAGAACACCUUUAAAGACUUGUUGAAAUUUCCUUGCAGACACCAAAAGUAAAAACAAAAAAGUUGCAAGUUAACGUUUUCAUGUUGGGCAGUGGGCAGUUUGUUUAAAAACCUUUUCUGUGGUGGAACAGGUUUUGUGAUGAAUACCUCUUCUUGGCACAAAUUCAGCUGAGUACUGAAAUACACCACUGAAAGCAGAGAUGAGGAUGUUUCCCAGAAGAGAAAAUUUAUUGUCCCAACUGGCAUGGUUAAUGUAGUGUAAAGCAUAUGCCAUUUUUCCUUAUCUAUUCUGAUUAAUUUAAAUAUUCAGAAAACAGCAUAAUUAGUUGAUGUUACUGUAGAUAAUUUGGAUUUAAGAAGGGG